AUGGGCCUGGAUGAAUCGGUCGUUCUUGCCGGGUCCACCGAGAUUGACGGCGAAGACGGCUUCGCGGCGCUCGAGCUCGAUUCUGAAGGAGUGGAACUGUGGAGAUGGGAGGACAGCCCUGGUGGCGGUACUUGCAGAACAUACGGCGUGACGGUGUCAGACGACGGCUCUGUGGUCGGCGCUGGGUAUAUCUGGAGCGGCGACUGGGCCACACCAAGUUUGGGGGAAACUGAUUUCAUCGCGUACAAAUUGGCCAAAGAUGGCACUCUGCUCUGGAAAUGGCAGGACGGGACAGCAGACUAUGAUACCCUGCAUGCGGUGGUCUCGGUGGAUGGGGACGGGUCAGUUGUCAUGGCAGGGCAAACAAGCGGGGAUUUCUCAGGGAUCUCCGUCGGAAGCAACGACUUCAUCGCCAUCAAGCUCGACGCAGAAGGAAAUGAGCUGUGGACGUGGCAGGAUGGUACCAGCUCGGGGGACUUCGUGGAAGCUGCUGCGGCGACAGGGGACGGGUCUAUCGUGUUGGCUGGAUAUACUUAUGGGGAGUGGAGUGGGGAGUUGGCAGGCGAGAAUUGUGACUUCGCCGCGGUGAAGAUCGAUGCCAACGGAACGGAAGUUUGGAGGUGGCAGGGUGGGUACGCGGUGCAGUACAAUGGAAUGCACGCGGUGGCGGUGCAAGAAGAUGGGACUGUUCUCCUCACCGGGCGUAGUGGAGAUUACAACGCUGUCGCGGUUAAUGGCGUCGGGGCUUCCGAAAUUGCAGCGGUGAUGCUAGGGGUUGACGGAGAAGAGGUCUGGCGCUGGAAGCAGGCCAGCUCUCCAGACGUCUUCCAAGUCCGGGGGAUGGCGGCAGGCUCGAACGGGAGGAUGCUAAUGGUCGGGAACACCAAUGGAUCGUGGAUAGGCGAUCCCAAUCUUGGCAGCGACGAUUUCUUGCUUGUCAUGUUCAACACCACCAGCCUCACCACCUCGACAACCCCAACGGCGUCACCAACUGUCGCACGGAGUCCCGCGCCAGCUUCACAGGUUAUCCUACCUUCUACUACGCCUACCACACUACCUAACCCUACAUUGGCACCAUCAGCCGGCAGUUCCUCGACACUCGCACCGUCAUCUGGGAAUUCCUCGACAGUUGGUCCUUUAGGCAUUUCCCCGGGAGGUGAAUCAGCCUCGGGCACUGCGCCAGUCUUAGCUGGGGUGGUUUCCGCGAUUGCCGCUGCUGCUCUCAUUACGCUCGGUGUUUUGUACAAGAGACGGCAAGCAGCGAAAAACAUGGGGAGUGGCCGGUUGGUCCCACCUCCCAGCGACGAUGAUAGCCUCGAACAUGGUCGUGAUUAUAAUCGUCCGCAAGGCGUUGAACCGGCUACAUCGGCCGUUGUUUGUUCAGACAACAACCAGCCUCCGCACCCACACAAGCCGGUAGAGGUUGUGACGGUCGGCAAAGGCAUGGCUGCACCAUCGGAAACAGCACCCUCGGGGUCUUUAUCGUCCAACACCGAACAGUCCACACGAAUGCCGGUAGGGCCAGGUGUUAAGUUUCCAGGCGUGGGUACGGAAGACGUUUUAGCACAGCGGUCCUUGACUGCUACCGGUUCCACAGCUGAUGUCUCAACAUCUGAGCGGGCCGAACUUGCCGGCAUCAGCACUGAAAACACAGGACGUUUUGCCGACGAACCUAUGCCAGCCUCGGGCGAGCGAGAGGCCUCUUCCACGGCUGGUCGCCGAGGAUCGUUCGGUGAUGUUGGGGUUGGCCAAGCUGUGAUGGUAGCAGCUCAAGAGCUGGCUCACAGCUGUCAAGUUCCUGGCGUCAGCGAGGCAGUAACACUGGUUUCCAUUUUGGUUAACCUCGUGAAGGAUAGCCGCGACGACAGCAGCGGGGGUGACUCGAGACUCAGACAGUGCCGCUCGAUUGUCAUGGUGCUGAACCGGGCCGACAAGGUCGCUGGCAACGGCGAAAAUACGACCGGGAAGGUGGCCCGUAUGUUAAUCGACGACGUGCACGAGGCAAUCUUCGACCUCGUGGAGCUCAUCAAAACGUACCAAAGCAAGAACAAGCUUUCGAAAGUGCUAAUGUCAACCCUCUUCAAGCGGCGCCAGGACGAGCUUGAUGCGGUCGUUGACAGGGCCAUCGUGCGACUGCAAUUGGGUCUCCAGGUUAAAGUCGGGCAAGACGUCAAGGCGGGAAUGGACCUCUACAAGGGUUCCAUUACAGAGGUUCAGUCGGAGUCUCUGACGGACGCUCGUAGCACACGGCGUCGGCGCAAGCUGGACCAAGUCGAAAUCCCUGAGGAACAUGUGACCAUCACAAACGAAGUACUUGGGAGGGGUGGCUUUGGCGAGGUGUACCUCGCCGACUACAACGGUCGUAACGCCGCCGCUAAGGUACUGCUGAUCGCCCGCGACCUAGGGACGUUAAGUGAAAACGAUGCCUUUGAGUCCCCACUGGCAGGCCGGUCGAACACCACAAAGCGAGAAGACAGUCAACGGAGGGCCUUCCUGCGCGAGCUCGAUGCCAUGAUUCGUCUGAGGAGCCCUCACACGGUCAACGUCUACGGAGCGGUCACGUCUCUGCCGGACCGCAUGGUUCUCGUGAUGGAACUGCUCUCGGGCGGUGACCUCCGAACGCUAUUGAGGAACUCUGAGCAACCCCUUCCCGAGGAGCAAUCCAGGCGCAUCAUCGGGGACAUCUGCGCGGGAAUGGCCUUCCUUCACAGCAAGGACACAGUUCACGGCGAUCUCAAGUCGGCCAACGUGCUCCUCGAUGGGUCUGGACGGGCGAAGAUUGGAGAUUUUGGUACCUCCAGAUGGUCGCAGCACACAAACUCAACCGGCCUGGCUACAUACAGCACCAGAUCCAGUCAGGGCACCCAGAUGAGCCUCGCCUGGAGCGCCCCGGAGGUGCUCGAAUCUGGCGGUAGCACCCGCGCCAGCGAUGUCUACAGCUUCGGCAUCGUUGUGUGGGAAGUGGUGUCAGGCGAACUACCUUGGGCAAACAAGAGCCGCCCUAGGGAAAUACUGUCCGCGGUGUUGAUGGGAGUGCGGCCUUCGUUCCAUGACCUUGCUCCCACCGAUAUGGUGGAAAUCGCGAAGACUUGCUGGGAAGGGGAACCCGACGCGCGGACCACCUUCGAUGCCGUCAUGGAGGGCAUGAAGUCAAAGGGCCGUCAUCAGUAG